AUGGCCGCCUCGGAUAAGGAUAACGACCAGUAUGGCUUCAACGACGAUGCCGGAGACGACCAGUCGGUCCUGUCUACCCGUGGCAUAGAAGCAUUCGGGCGCAAGGUCACCACCACCGCGAGCCAUUUGAUCGGCCCUCUUUCCGAGCAGAGUGGCAAUGGCCACGGCCAUUACCAUGGCGCCCUUGCCGAGGUCCACAAACAGCUGCGCCGCCCGAAUGUCCAGCGCAGCAUGUUCUCGAUGGCGAAGACCACCCCGACCGAUUUGGUGCGCUCAAAGCUCUCCAAGACGGAGAUCCAGCACCGCGCUUUGACGUACCUUCCCGAUGAGCUCCUGGCCAACAUUCCCGAGGGCGACAAUUCCUUUUCUCUGUUCCAGGGCUUCAAAGCUAGCUUCCCCGAAUUGACGGAAGAGGGCAGGAAGCACCGGAGGCGGGUUUCGAGGGGCAGGAAGUUGCUGGACGAGACGGCACAUACCCCCGGCACACCCCAGGAGCUGCAAAAUCUGAAAAAGGACAAGGCGUCGAUGAUGCACGAGCUCGAAAUGCUAGGCGUUCGCAAGAACAUGGCCAGCAGCGAGAUUCGUGACAUUGACAACAAGAUUGCGAACUUGCACGGCAUGCGACGGAUUAUUCUGGACAGGCUAGCGAAUUUGGAGCAGGAAGAGACAAUGCUGGAACACGAUCUUAUGGACACCGAAGCUCGAUUAGAAGAAGCGCAAGAGCUUUUCGACGAAGCGGAAUCAAUUGCUAUCAACACACCUACAAAGACUGAGGAGGACCUUGCCGGCGAUCAGGAUGAGUCCGGUUUCAUGUCGCAAUCCGUCUACGAGAAGCUACCGUCCGCAUCCAACACCCCGGCAUCAAAACAGAAGAAAAAGGUUGUUCGCCGAAAAUCUAUGCCGAUAUUGCACGAGCAUUUUGAACCGGGCACCGCCAUCAGGGAAAUUCGCGCCCACCAGGACACUAUUACGGCUCUCGACUUUGACGCACCCUUCGGAACUAUGGUUACCUCGGCUAUGGACGAUUCGAUAAAGGUUUGGGAUCUCAACGCGGGACGCUGCAUCGGUUUGCUAGAAGGUCACACCGCAUCCGUAAGAACGCUGCAGGUCGAAGACAACUUCUUGGUGACCGGUGGUAUGGACGCUACAAUUCGUCUGUGGGAUCUUAGCAAGGCUCACUACGACCCUCACGGCAGCCAAUUCGACGAUGAUGAAGAUGGAAUCGCAUUCGAGAACCCCGAUGACAGCCCGGUUGAGCCUCCUGCGGGAAGCAUGAGGGACUGUCCUCUUUACACCUUGCAAUCACAUGUUGACGAAAUCACGGCCCUUCACUUCAGAAACGAUAUUCUUGUGUCCGGCUCAGCAGACAAAACUCUGCGGCAGUGGGAUCUUGAAAAUGGUCGUUGCGUGCAAACUCUUGAUGUCAUGUGGGCAGCGGCUCAGGCCUCUGCCAACUUUGGCAGCGACAGCUCUUGGAGGCAGACGAGUAGAGCGCCCGCGCAGACGGCUCACUUUAUUGGGGCUUUGCAGGUGUUUGAGACAGCUCUGGCCUGUGGUACCGCCGAUGGCAUGGUUCGUCUAUGGGAUUUGCGAAGCGGCCAGGUCCACCGAAGCUUGGUGGGGCACACUGGCCCGGUGACAUGCUUGCAAUUCGACGACGUUCAUCUCGUUACCGGUAGCAUGGACCGAAGCAUUAGAAUAUGGGAUCUUCGUACAGGAUCUAUCUACGAUGCGUACGCAUACGACAACGCAGUUACCAGCAUGAUGUUUGACGAGAGGAGGAUCGUCAGUGCGGCGGGCGAGGACGUCGUGAAAGUGUACGAUAAGGUGGAGGGCCGGCAGUGGGAGUGCGGCGCCGGCAUUGCGGAAGCAGACGACAACAAGACGCCUGCCGUUGUAGAACGUGUACGUGUUAAGGACGGGUACCUGGUCGAGGGCCGUCAAGACGGUAUUGACUUUGCCGCAGGUGACGACGAGACCUUGAAGGCAGACGGCGUCAAUGCCCUCACCGAGGAUCUUUUCACGCGCUACAGCAAGCUCGCGCGCCGCACGCUGGCCCUGGCCCAUUCGCCUGCUGACGAAGAAGCGGAGGAGAUGACCCGCCUGCUCGACGAGGAGCUGGAGAGGACGUAUAAGCGGUUCUACGACUUUGUGUACGCGGAGCUGCCGUUUUGCUGGCGGGUGCUGUACACGGAGCUGAGCCUGAUGAAGUUUGUCGUCCUGGUCACGACGGGCGCAGAGAAGAUGAGUGAUGAUGCGGCGGGGGAAGAGUUACUGGAUGAGCUGGUCGGGGUGCUGGACAAGGCUCUCAUUCUCGCUGGCGGCGCGGGGAGGAGGAGGGGACGGAGGGUUAUUGAAAGGUUGCUUUCGUACCUCGAUGCCCCGACACAGGGUGCCGCGGCGUCGCUGCCGGAGACGUUCCCGACGGAGAGGGUCUUCACGCCGCCUGUGACGCGGCCGAUCGAGGUCGUGGAGGGCUUGUCCAUGGCGGGGUUCCAGCGGUAUCUCGACUCGGCGGGGGACCUCGGGCCGGAGCCGGUGGUGCUGAGGGGGCUGCUGACGGAGUGGCCCGCCUUGUCAAGCCGGCCGUGGGACAGCCCGGCGUACCUGAUGAGCAGGACGUGCGGCGGGCGGCGGCUGGUUCCCGUCGAGGUCGGACGGAGCUACGUCGACGAGGGGUGGACGCAGGAGCUCAUCCCGUUCAAGGAGCUGCUGGGGCGGAUUGCCGGCGAGAAGGAGAAGGGGAAGACGACGUAUCUCGCGCAGCACGAGCUCUUCACGCAGCUCCCGUGCCUGCAGAACGACAUCCUCACGCCGGACCACUGCUUCACCGCCCCGCCGCCGCACCCGCUCGACCACUCGAAAGACAAGCCGGAGCUGGCGCUGCCGCUGGUCAACGCGUGGUUUGGCCCGCCGGGGACGAUCACGCCGCUGCACACGGACGGGUACCAUAACCUGCUCUGCCAGGUCGUCGGGGCCAAGUACCUGCGGCUGUACGCGCCGCACGACUCCGAGGCGCUGUGUCCGCGGGGGGAGGAGGAGGUGGACAUGUCGAACACGAGUGGGUUUGAUGUUGGCGCCGUGGAGGGGUGGGACGAGGACGCGGAGGGGAGGGACGCGAUUGAGUUGGAGGAGUUCCGGGGGCUGCGGCACUGGGACUACGUGCUUGAGAAGGGGGACGUGUUGUAUAUCCCGAUGGGGUGGUGGCAUUAUGUGAGGAGUCUGAGUGUGAGUUUUAGUGUGAGUUUCUGGUGGAACGGGGAUCACGUUGAGGCGGAAGGGUGA